AUGAGCACCGGGACAGAUAAGCAAAAAGUUAAAGGCACACAGAAGAACACAGGCGGCACGAUGCUGUUUUUACAAACAACGGAACGAAGAAUUCGAUCCGCCUCACUCUCGACUGCCGCAAGAUUGCUCGAUUACAACCCAGCAGCCGGUAUGUGGCAAGCGACCGGCACCGCUAUCGCGCAUGCUCCAAACAUCACAGACCUGAGAUCACCCGACGCGGUGGAAUUCGAUAUACACGGGCGAAGCAUACGUCGAGUGGGCACCCAAGCCGCGGGUGGUGCCAGUAAAGCCCCAAAAAUGACUGCAAUCUUGGCUGAGCCAUACCUUUCAGAAAACAAGGAGGUAGCUGGUGGAUCAAAUGAGUUACCUUCCAGUGCUCGCAGUGAUCAUUCUGGGAUUUCUAAAAAGGACCAGGAAAAGUUCUCUCGGUGCAAAGCAUUAAAAAAGGGGCUUGUUGCUACCUGGCGAUUUACCUGCACACCUACCGGGCUUUUCAUCCUUGUAUACGGUCUCAACGUGAUUGCCUGGGGUGCAAUGCUAUUUUUCCUCUUGCUGAACAUUCUCAAUGGGUUGUUCUGUUUAACUUCUUGGGGGUUGGCACCCUGGCGAAUUCGUGACACAUACUGGUUAUUGAUGUGGCGCAUCGGAUGGGGCGAAAGAUCACGAAGCUCGAUAAAACACCUUGCAAAGGGAAGCACAAGUUGGUUUCGAAUGCGGAAUUGUGAUACUGAGGAGAAUUGCGACGAAAUCCCGCUUCGCAAGACUCUGACAGGCAAAUCCGCUCCGGCAACUAAGACGUGGAAAAUGGACUUCGUUGUCAUCAACAUGCUCUUGAACAGCCUUUUCCAGAUCGGUAUGGCGACAUUCAUGUGGGAAUACAACCGAAAUACUCGUCCAAGCUUCGGCGUCGGCCUUUUCAUUGGCCUGGGCUGUUCUAGUUCUCUCCUGGCAGGGGUAAUGACCUGGUGGGAGGGUCGCAAAGUCAAAAUGAUCGAGGGGUCGAUUCUGGAAGAGAUCACUGAGGAACAUGAGAAGAAGAUAGUCCUCGUAAAUGUGCCUUGA